UUCAACAUUUCCUUCUCCUGUCUCCUGCCUUCCGGUGUGAGUAACACACCGCAAUCGCAGCGUGACCAUCUGCUGUUAGAACAAAGCGCACGCAGGCGUCCUCUCCAAAUCUCCGCAUAUUUUACGCGCACAAUAGUUUUUUUCGUCAAACGUCGCAACUUAAAUGCGGCGCGGCACAAACAUCUGGAAGGAAACACGGACUUGCUGGGACACUUGAUGGUCUAUUCAUCUGGAGGUGAUGAGCGCCGACCGCGCGACCGAGCCGCGCGCGUUCACGUGGCACCUAUAAACGGAGCGUGGCGCGCACAGCCGCGAGUCGUCGUGGCGAGGAGGAGAACGGGAUCCUCGUGGCAGAGGAAUCUGCGGCGCACCGAGAGACGACCCGACGACACGGAUGCUCCAGCAAAAUGCUCACAACGCUCCCAUCUAAAAACAUCUGUAGCGCCACUUUUAUCUCGUGUCUGUCAAACUUUGACGUCCAAGUCGACGUGAGAGCCGGAGGGACAGAGAGAGAGCAGCCAUGCAGCUGAAUGAGACUGGAGUUCAAACACUGGCUCCAGAGCCGCGGAUCCCACGGGAGGAAAACGCCGGAAACUGCAGCGGCGGCGGCGGCGGCUCCACCGCCAACCUGUCGCUGCACUGCUGGCUGCAGCUCCUCACCAGGGAGUCCAUCGUGGAAUUCCAAGGCGACGGCGCCAAUCUGGCGGUGCGCGUGACCAUAGCCUGUGUCUACUCCACCGUCUGUGCCCUCGGGCUGGUGGGCAACUCGCUGGCUCUCUACCUGCUGCACUCGCGUUACAGGCAGAAGCAGUCGUCCAUCAACUGCUUCGUGAUGGGGCUGGCCGCCACCGACCUCCAGUUCGUCCUGACUCUGCCCUUCUGGGCGGUGGACACGGCGCUGGACUUCCGCUGGCCGUUCGGCAGCGUGAUGUGCAAGAUCGUCAGCUCCGUCACCGCCAUGAACAUGUACGCCAGCGUGUUCUUCCUGACCGCCAUGAGCGUGGCGCGCUACUACACCGUCGCCUCCGCCCUGAAGAUGCACAGCCGGCGGGCGGCGGCCACCAGGGCCAAGUGGACGAGCCUGGGCAUCUGGGCCGUCUCCCUGCUGGCCACUUUGCCGCACGCCGUCUACUCCACCAGCGUGCAGGUGUCGGAUCAGGAGCUCUGCCUGGUGCGCUUCACGGACUCCGGCAGCUGGGACCCCCAGCUCCUUCUGGGUCUCUACCAGCUGCAAAAGGUCCUGCUGGGCUUCCUCAUCCCUCUGAUCAUAAUCACCGCCUGCUACCUGCUGCUGGCGCGCUUCAUCCUCGGCCGGCGCAUGGCCGACGCCGGGGGCCCGGAGGUCGAGCGGGGCCGGCAGAAGCGCCGCUCCAAGGUGACCCGAUCCAUCGUCAUCGUGGUGCUGUCGUUCUUUCUGUGCUGGCUGCCCAACCAGGCGCUGACGCUGUGGGGCGUGCUCAUAAAGUUCGACCUGGUGCCUUUCAGCAAGGCCUUCUACAACGCGCAGGCCUACGCCUUCCCGCUGACCGUGUGCUUGGCCCACACCAACAGCUGCCUCAACCCCGUGCUCUACUGCCUGAUUCGCAAGGAGUUCCGGGCGGGGCUCAAGGAGCUUCUCCUCCGCGCCACGCCCUCCUUCAGGAGCCUGACUCGCCUGCUGCGUCGCGGGGCCAAAGUGGCCGAGGCGCCGCCCGUCCUGGCGCUGGUCCCAGUGGACGCCUGACUGGGCCGCUGAAGGACUCGCAGGGCGAAAAAAACAAGCUGUCAACAACUUUGUUCUGGUGUUCCGGUCUUAGAGGACUACCCAGUGGGACGUGUCCCGCUUUCACUGCAAAGGACUUUGAUGAGCUCAACCUCAAUUCAUGAGCCUACGAUCAACCCUCCGCUACACUCAUAACCAAUGAGAAGUUUGCUCAUCAAGCUUCCCCACUGGGAGUGGAUAGAGGAUUUACUAGAAUGCAUUGUGACCGUGAAGAUGUUUUCAAGGAGGAUGGAGCAUACGAGUAUGACAUGUGGGGGGCUUCCUAGUGUUCUGGCAGGUAGAUGUGUUUUUGUUUAUUCUAUGGUGUACAUGUUUUAGAGGUUUUUCGGUAAUAGUUAAUCACUAUUGUUAGUGAGAUGAACACUGUCCUUGAUUGAGUUAAGGGAAUUCAAAUUAGAUUCACACCAUUGUGUGUGAUGCACGGGUCCCACACUGAGCACUUAGACUGUAAUGUAUGCGCACCAGUAGAAACGUUUAUGCUUACUAUUACUCCCACGCACACAUGGAGGAUACAUCUGCAACAGGGUGAAUCAUUACGGCUGAAUAUUCAAACUAGGCCAUUUAUACAAACAUAUGUGUUUCUUCAAGGACAGUCCGUCCACACCAGCCUUUGCUUCUUUGUUAAAUUAAAUUCCAAACAAGCUAGUAACCGAGUACACGAUGACACGAUGAUAGUAUCUUCUGUGAAUGUGAUGUCUCCUCCUUUUCUGUCAUUUACAAUCUGUUAUGAUGAUGUGUUGCUUUGCUGUUUCAAUGUAAUGAAUCAAUUAAAAGAAGGGUGUCAGAUAAUAGACAGAGACCCUCUCCCCUCUUCUCUUAUUUAUUAUUUUUCAGAUUCUCAUUAUGUAUUUGACCAACACCUUUCUGUACGCUGCCUUGCACAAAUAAUCUAUGAGCGAAGGAGAGAAGAGAUAACUGUGAUUGGUAUUAGAUGGAGAGAAAAGCAUUUCUUAAUCCUCUCGGAGAAUCAUAUUUGAAUCAAAACCCUUAACAUGUAAACUUGGUAAACUAGGAUAUUUAUUUAGUUUGAAAUGCCCCAGACACGCAG